CAAAAGAUUACAAUACUUAUAAACAGGAAUUUAAGGGGCACGAUCCGUGUGCGUGUUAACCCUGACGGUGUAAUUCUCACAGAUGAAUUGGACCGAGUUAGCCGAGAAGCUAACCGCUAUAAAGAGGCUUAGCUAGCGUAGCUAACCUAACCGUCGGUGUCUUUAUGUUGUUAGCAAAAAUAAAUAAAUAGUUAGCGUCUGUUUCUCAAACCAGAAGUUAAAACAUGUCCCCUUCGUGUGGAUGAAAGUUAUUCAUCCUGGCAUGUUCUUCCAAAAGCACAGAAUUUAUUUACUGGCCUAAGUAACGUUAUAAGUCGCGUUUUAACGAUAACUUCGUUAUAACGUUAUACUGCAUUUAUUAAACCAGCGGACAUGGCCGUAUCCCAAAUGCGUAAACUUGACUUGCUAGGGCACUAAACAGAACGUAGGGCGUCGUCGCUUGGGGUGCAUUUGUAGUGUGCGUGUGAAGGGAGCGAGGAGCAGUUCGGGAUACGACCCGUGACUCCAACAGUGCAAACGAGCCAAUUCAUUCCAAGCUGUUUGUAGUGUUGAGCUUGGGUUCUGAAUAGACUCUGAGCAUGGAGCAGUUCGCCGAGUCGACGAGCGGCGGAGAGCAGAUCGUGGUGCAGGCGUCCGGUGGAGCGGUGCAGCAGCAGAGCACAGUGACUGCAGUGCAGCUGCAGGCCGACGGCCAGGUGGAUGCGGGUGCGGGCCAGCAGGUUCAGACUCUCCAGGUAGUUGAAGGGCAGCCUUUAAUGGUGCAGGUCAGCGGGGGUCAGCUCAUAACCCCUUCCGGGCAGCCCAUAAUGGUACAGGCCAUGCCGGGAGGACAGGCGCAGACGAUCAUGCAGCUACCGGUGACGGGCUCGCAGGGUCUUCAGCAGAUCCAGCUCGUGCAGCCGGGACAGAUUCAGCUCUCAGGAGGUCAAACGCUGCAGGUACAAACAGCACAGGGACAAACUCAGCAGAUCAUCAUCCAGCAGCUGCAAACUGCAGUGACCGCAGGACAGAACCAACCUCAGCAGAUCACAGUGCAGGGUCAGCAGGCUCAGACGGCGGAGGGUCAGACCAUCCUGUACCUGCCGGUCAACGCCGAUGGAACCAUCCUCCAGCAGGGCGUGAUCACUAUUCCGGCUGCCAGUUUAGCGGGAGGUCAGAUCAUCCAGGCGGGUUCAAACGCGAGCGGCACCGGGGGUCAGGGCACCGUGACUGUCGCCGUUCCCGUCACAGGAAACAUGGUCAACGCUGGAGGAAUGGUCAUGAUGGUCCAAAGCGGCGGCUCUGUCCCGACCAUGCAGCGGAUCCCUCUCCCCGGAGCUGAGAUGCUGGAGGAGGAGCCGCUCUACGUCAACGCCAAGCAGUACCACCGCAUCCUGAAGAGACGCCAGGCCCGCGCCAAGCUGGAGGCCGAGGGCAAGAUCCCCAAAAGCAGGAGGAAAUACCUGCACGAGUCUCGUCAUCGGCACGCCAUGGCACGGAAGCGUGGUGAUGGCGGGCGCUUCUUUUCAGGGAAGGAGAAGGACGAGCUGGACGUGCAGGUAAACGUUAAACCCCGUGUGGGGAUAGUGACAGCCCGGACCAGUUUACUGAAGGAUGAGGAAACGAAAGUGUAGACUUUUUUUCAAAUUAAUUGGUUCCAGCCACUGGACAGGAGGCAGUUGGAGGAUUUUUGUGACGAGGGUUUUCUUUUUGGACGCCUCUUUAUUUUCCUCUUUGUGUGUUUCUUCUUCGGCAGACUGCUUCACUGGUUGUAGUUUGACAGUUUGUUUUCUAGCAAGUCAGAUUUUUGAGAAAUUUUCAUUCCUUUAAGACUUAAGGAUGGUUAUGGUGUAGGGUUUCACUUUAAUGCAAAUAUUAGUAAUAACAUGAGAUCACAGAGCUUAAAGGACUAGUUCAACCUAACUUGUGAUUACAACAAAUACAAAUUUCUAAAUGUUUCCCUGUACUGAGAAAAGAACUCAAAGUUUCAGCGUAAAGGUGUAAAGAUUAAAUAAAUAUAAAGAACGUAGUUCUGGUCGCAUUACGUCUUCCUGUAUCCAUGUGGCAUGAGACUCUCAGAGCUAACUCUGAUCGUAUUCUAAUUCUUCCUUCUCAUAAAGGACUGAAUAAUUCCUGACUAAACUUUUAUUGACGCACCAGCAACUGCCCUUAGACUUCCAUUUAUAAGUGAGUUUGGCAUAAACAAGCUUUCUGUUACUUUCUCGGUGCAGGGGUGGGGGGAUUCAGUGAAAAACCCUGAAUUAUUUUGUUAAAUGCAAACUGUUAUAGGGACAGAGACAACAAAAUAUAAUAUAAGCUUGUGAGGACCUUUAGACUUUUGAUUGACACACCAGUGCCAUUUUUAUACAUGUAUUUCUUUUUUAUAUAUAAGAAUUCAGCCUGAGUAAUUAAAGCAGUAUUGCAAAACAAUAACAGUUCAUUAAGCUAAAGUUCAAGGAGUGUGUUCAUGUUUGUACAGGCUAGACAACAAGCUAAAUGGACAUGCUGUGCAACGAUAGCACUUGCAUUGCUUCUAGCUCUUUCCCUGUUACUUCCUUGGAUGGAGGUACUUUCAUACCUGCACUGUGGGUUUUUACUGAUGACCCACUAAGCUCGUUUUAUUGUAAAAUAAGCUAAGAGUUUCUAAGCAGUUGUGCACUAGCAAAAAAAAAAAAAAAAAGCUCCUGAUGGCAUAAGAUGAGUGUUUUUUUUUUUUUUUUGUACGAUUUUGUAGUAAGUAAUACACUAGGCGAAAUGAAUGACAAGGGAGUUUGAGAACGUAUGUUUUUACUACGCAAAGGUAUAAUACUUUUCAUAGCAAUUAAUCGAAUGACUAUUUGUCUAAUCUUAACUACGACACGGUGUGUGAUGUGUAAACCCGACAGUAUUGGGCAACAAUGCAAUGUAUGUAUGUAAGUAAUUAGCUCGAUAAAGGGCCACUUUUAUUUCAGAUUUUAUGCCAGUCGGGAAAUAAAACCCACAAGGCCAGUCGGUGUAAGACUACGAUCGAUUUGAGUGCACAGAUUUGUCAGGAGGGCGUCUGCCCAAAUAAGAUGUGAAUACAGUACUUUUUAUGUACUGAUUUUUUAAUAAUGUACGUCUCAGGGGCCCCUGGUUUUCACCUUCAGCUUCAAAAUGUGAUGAGAAAAACCUUGAGUGAGUUUCGGUGUUUGAUCGCUGGACGGAUUUGUCAGUAUUCGGUAUUUUUAAUGCUACUGGGGUAAUUCAGAGAAUUUACAGCAUCUGUCUUUGAAUGUAAGGGGAGUAAACACGACGUUGUAAUUCCAGUGCUGUAAAUAAGAUAUGUACAGAUAAGCUACUGUUCGUAACUACAUUUCAUAUGUCUGACGUCUCAAUCCAAGUCUCGGAAACCCAUUCAAAAUGUAAAGCCUUGAUUGAGAAGAUUUUGUUGUCUUUAUUUUUUUGUUGGUUGUUGUCCCCCCUCACCCCCCCAAUCAGAAUAAAGAAUUUAAAACACCUA